AUGGAGCCGUUCAAAUUAAUGGACACUCCGUUUCUAGUAUUCCAAAAAAUUAUAAAACUGAUGGAUAUUAUAGAGGUAUUCGAAAUGUCUCAAACAUCAAAGAGAAUGUUUGCCAGCAUCAAAUUUUCGAGACGCCGAAUCCAACCAAUUCAACUGUUCAAAGGGGACCAGCGUCGGUUGAUCAGAGUGUAUGAGAAGAAUGACGGGGAUCAAAGAUGUACUAUUCGUUUGAAAACGGAGGAAAUGGAAGAGGAUGUGCUGAGACAGUUGAGAUUGAAAGACACAAUCUUAGAUUAUCGGUUGGAUGAUGAAAAACAAUUGAGUUGCUAUCUCCACAGAGACUCAACAGAGGAAGAUAUCGAUUCUCAAUUAGUGCAUCUCUUCAAUUAUCUAUCGGAUCUUUUCAAUAAUAAGACUAUCACUGUCAGGCUUCGACCAUCUCAGAUCGCAACGUCUCCUUUUCUUUUUUCGAAUCUCCAGUUUGAAAGUUGUCAAUUUUUAAAAAUUAUUGAGGACGAUCCUGUUAUUUUAUCAAACGAGGACAUGACACGAAUACUGGAAAUUUUGAAACCAACGAUUGCGAUCACUUUAAAAUGCCCUAUCGAAGAAAACUUUGGUCCGAAAAAUAUUCUGAGUCUCCCACGGCUCUAUAUUCUCAAUGCUCGAUGGCUCACUUUCGAUGAUCUACUAAACAUGGAAUGUGAGGUUGCAUUUUUAAGAUACCAUUCAUUCGCAGUGGAAGACGUCAAACAGUUUAUAAAUCAUUGGAUGGCUGGGAGUAAUCCAAAACUGAUGCAUCUCAGACUGCACGGUUUUGAAUUGGAACCAAAUUGGGGGCACAUUCUCGAAGGGAUUGAAUAUGGAGUAUGGGAUAAGAAAACGAAUAAGAGACCGAGAAACUUUCAAGACCAUUACAUCUACAGUAUUGAAGAAAUCGACUGCAAGAAUGGUCUGGAUUUCGAGAGAAAGAGUGAUGGAAUGAUUGGGACAGUCAUGCAUCAAUCUGACCAGAUUGAUUUCCUCGUGUGGCACGAUACACAAUUCUGA